AGGGGGCGCUGCCGCCGCUUUGCCCGUCGCCGCCGAGGCCGCGGGGCCGGUGCGGGAGCUCACGAUGGAGGCGCCCCCGGUGACCAUGAUGCCCGUCACGGGCGGCACCAUCAACAUGAUGGAGUACCUGCUCCAAGGGAGCGUGCUGGACCAGAGCCUGGAGAGCCUCCUGCACCGCCUGCGCGGGUUGUGCGACAACAUGGAGCCCGAGACCUUUCUGGACCACGAGAUGGUGUUCCUGCUGAAAGGGCAGCAGGCCAGCCCCUUCGUGCUGCGCGCUCGGCGCUCCAUGGACAAGAGCGGGAUGCCGUGGCACCUGCGCUAUCUGGGACAGCCCGAAAUAGGCGACAAGAACCGCCAAGCGCUGGUGCGCAACUGCGUGGACAUCGCCACGUCCGACAACCUGACGGACUUCCUGGUGGAGAUGGGCUUCCGCAUGGACCACGAGUUCGUGGCCAAAGGGCACGUGUUCCGCAAGGGCAUCAUGAAGAUCAUGGUGUACAAGAUCUUCCGCAUACUGAUGCCGGGAAACACGGAGAGCAUUGAGCCGCUCUCCCUCUCCUACUUGGUGGAGCUCAACGUGGUCGCGCCAGGAGGACAGGACAUUGUUUCUGAUGACAUGAGGAACUUUGCUGAGCAGCUGAAGCCUCUAGUACACCUGGAGAAAAUUGACCCCAAAAGACUAAUGUGACAAAAUCUAGGCGAUUAAGGCACUGGUUUUGUGUUUCAGAAAAGGAUGUUUUUCUAAAAAGCUUUUUGUGGGCAAAUCAAAACAGAAGGGAAUAAAGUACUAAAUAUCGGUUUUGUCAGUUGCAAUUAGUAAGUGCGGUUUUCUUUCACUUGCGAAUAUGAACAGAAGUGGACACUUUAAAUUAGCACUGUUCAAAAAAUCAGUAAAUGUUAAUACUGAUAGUUUUUCUUCUCUUGCAAGGGAGAUAGCCUAAAAAGCCUAUUUCCUAACACUUUAAAAAUGUCAGACUUAAUGGAAUUCAUUCCUCUGUGUACCCAGAUCCCACUGCUAUCGUAAGUUUCUUCAGAGCACCAUUUGAGCACCUAGUCAUCCAAAAUUUGUCUUUUCAGUAAUAUAUGAAAUUAAUACCCUUUAAUGCAGGAGGUACUGUCUCACACAGUCAUAAACACAGAAACUGCUCUAUAAAAGAGCAACUAACAGUACACCUCUUCACCAAAGCUUAUGUGACAGGAACAGCUACUUGUUAAGGAAACUGUUUCUUCUGAUGUAACCAAAGUUAGAAGUGAAAGAAAAUCUAGUAAUAUUAACGUUUGCAAGUGGUUUUCAUAUCUUUUAACAUGUUCCAUUAUUUUCAGUGGAAUUAAUUAGGACAGUUUUAGUUAAUUAGAAAGUAAAUUGCAGGGUACUUUUUAUUACUGGACUUUUCACAGCUGACAGCUAUAUUGAAGUGUUAAGUGCUUUUUAUUAAAAAAAUUAUUACAAAAAAAAUUAGCAGCUGCUAUUUGAAUUACUGGUGAUUUUACUUAGCACUUCUCUUGAUAGUAGGAUGGUUAGUUACCCUAGUAUUGCAGUAAUAAUCCAGUGUCAUUUAAAUUAAAUUUGAGAGUUUUCAAUUACAGUUCAGUCAAAAAAAAGAUUGGGAAAGAUAAAGGAGUUCAUUUAAAUUUCUCAGGUUCUUUACAGAGGACAAUUUUAACCACUGCUAAAGUAUACCAGCUUCUGUCAGAGACGCUGCCACCCUUCAGCAGUCCCAAGUGAUUUAUGAAACAACUCAAGGCAGAGGCCAUUCUCAGAAAAACCUUCAAAAUGUUUUAAAUAAACAGCUCCAUGUUCAACUGGUUCAGUGCCAACAUCCCACUGCCACAGGCUCUAGUGUGGGGCGUGGGGAAGCCUCAAGUACUUGAGCACCCUCGGCUGAAGACCACAGUGAGGCAUCACCAGCUCAUUACCUAGACUACAGCUAAUUUCUGGAGGGUACAAACACACCUACAAUUCUGUUCAUACUUGGGCAUGACUCACCCUCACCAAGACAGCACACUAUCCUGGGCCUCCGAGCUGGAAUUCCUUCAUACACAGGGCGUAACUUCCUAAGAGCUGCAUGUGCCAGGCUGCUCCAUGGUUGAGUUGCGGUCCUGCCCCAGGAAAUCGGAAUCCUCUGGGCUGCUGUCAUAUUUUGCCACUCUUAGCACUGGUUAAGAAUCACUUGCUACAGACUUGUACAAUCUGUGGCUUGUCUCUUGGCACACAAAAGUUUAGGAAGUCUUGUGGGUGACAACAGGUCCAACUAUUGAUCAAUCCAAAUUAAUAAAUAACUUUAAAAAUAUUAUUUUUAAGGAGAAUUAGUUUAAACCCUGAAAAGGCAUGUGUGCCAAGAGAAGAGCUUACUGAAUCAAUGGCUACAGCUGGGGACACUUUGAGGUUGCUAAUGCUCAGAGGUGUUCCUUUCUUCAAACAAAAUGUAUUUUUCUCCUCCUAUAAAACUUAGCUUAUUAAUGGUGGAGACUGAAGAUGGUUAGUAUUAGUAAUACACAUCAGUAAAUUGUAUGGCAUAGCCUCAAUUAUCACUUGUCAUCCAGGGUCAAAUUAUAUUGUAGUUACACAAAAAUGCUCAACAUCUCCUUACUGGAAAUCAUGCAAUUUUAAAAUUAUAAGUUAUGGGACCAUGAAUGUGAAAUGUGACUUUUUUUCUUUCUUUUUUUUUUUUUUAAAUUUAGGGGUUUUCUUUAUGCCAGGGAAAAUAGCUGCAUUCUCUAAGGUCAGAGGUUACCUCAGGACUCUCUAUUUUUUGCAAUAUAUUACAAGAGGCCUGACACAGCUGAGCUUAAGUUUUUUUGCUGUUCAAGUAAUGCCUUAUUUUACUUCAAACUGUUCUUCCAGUCCUGUGUACCUGUAAGUACUGAUUGUUAUGUAAAGAAGUAGAAAUCACUGUAUAACAAAUAAAGGUAGAAUUGUGAUUGA